AUGCAUCCUUCCCUCCUGCUCCUCGUUCCUCUGCCCCUCCUCCUCCUCGUCCUCGUCCUCCUCCUCCCCCUCCCCCUCCCCCUCCUCAUCCGCCUUCUCCUUUUACUCUUUCGCCUCUUCCUCCUCGCUUACAUGAACCCCUCCUCCUCCGCCUCCUUCCCUUCUUCCUCUAUUUUUUUUCUUCUUCUUCUUUUCCUUCCUCCUUCACGUCUUUUCGUCCUUCUCCUCUUCGUCCUCGCCUUCCCGAACCUCCUGUUCCUGCUCCUGCCUCCCUUCCUCCUCUUCCUCCCCCUACUAAUAUAUGCCUGUUUUAUUCUAUACCGCACGUUUUGA